UUCGGCUCAGUGUUUACAUGUGAGAGGACAAGUUUGAAACUAAUUUCACUCAAGUUAUGCCUUGUUAUCGAUAACUUUAUCAGACAUUUUUUCGAAGAGAACGAAAGUAACUGGAAGUAACAAGUCUGAAUGGUUGUCAUCCUUAAUCGUUAAGAGGUGAAGUGAUGUAAACGUCAGAGGAAGGCUGAGCUUAGUUCCAGAUGAAGUGCAAUGUCCAGAAGAAGUGUUAACGGGGAUGACCUUGACCUUAGUCUGACAGGGUCUCAGAUAUCAAGUUCUGGGCGAAGACCUGGAUCUGGGAGACAGUUGAAGAGACCCAAUUCCUUGGUGGAUAUCAGGACUGCUAAGACCUCCAGCACUAAUGAUGUGUUCCCCACUGAUAAAGACAAGAGGAAGUCACCAAGAGGACCACAAGCACCUGUCAGUGGGCGGGGCAGUGAUGUCAGUGGAGCAGCCUCAAGCAGGAUCUCUGGACGCAAGAAAGAUAUGGCUGCUAAUGAACCCAACGUGAAGGAUGACUUUCUUGCACUGUUCGAGUCCUCCCAUCAGCCAAAGAUCAAGAGGCCCAGCAGCACACCAUCCAAGGCCAAGAAGCCGGGAGUCAGCUCUGUCAAGUCAGCAUGGGAGCAGAAGCCCAGUAAGCCAACUGUCCAAAGUGGCCGCACAGCCUCUGCCCGGUCGGAAGCAGCAGACACAGACAGAACUGAGCCACACAAUAUAUUCCAGCCUGACACUGCUGACAACAGUUCUGAUGACUUGGAUCAAAUAGAGGACACCCUCUCACGCUCCCUCAAUAGGCUGCAGAGUCUUCAAAACCAGUUGUCCGAAGCAAACAAGAACAAUUCUUCCUCUACAGAUGACCCAGAAGUCCUUAACAGUCAUCGCUCCAAUAGGUCCACCUCGAGGAAAAAUAUGAACAGUAUUGUAAAUAAUAUGACUGCACAAGGGCAUUCUACAAAAACAAGACCCUCUUUGUCUUCAAUGGAAAAUUCUUAUCAGAAUAUAAAACCGAAGGCUCCUGUGAAUCAAGUUCGUAAAUCUGCAUCUAAUCAAGUUGGGAUGAAUGUAGCUGAAGAUUAUAUUCAAACCUUGAAUACUGCUGCUUUAAAGAUACAACGAUGGUUUCGACGCCAUCACAAACGGAAGAUGGUGAGUGAGGCUGCUCUGAGGCGAUUGUUUGACCAGAAGCGCCAGGAACAUGUUGAACUGAGACAGCAGGAGCUUGCUUUGUCUACGGGGGAAGUGGAGGAGCAGCGUGCUGAAGAGAGAAAGAGACAGCGUGAGGAAAAGGCCAGACAAGCCAGGCAACAGGCCAUUCAGGAGUUACAGAAGAAGAGAUCUGAGAAGAGAGAGGAAGUAAAGAAGAAGGCAGAGGAAGAGGUUUCCUACCUCCAGGCAAGUGGCAAGAUCACAAAGAGUCCCUCUAAGUCAUCUUUAGCCAAGAAAAAGGGUGGUUCUAGCAAUGGGUCCAAGAAGGGGUCUAGUCGAAGAGAGGAUCAGGAAAUUGCUGCUGAAUCCACACCCAGAGAUGUGGAGCAAAAUGGCAGUGCGGCACCUGGCAAUGUGGCUGACAUGUUCCAGAUGCCGUCAUCCCAUCGCCAGGAGGCAGAGGGUGCAGGUGCUGACCCCUCUCCCCGUCUGCCCAGCCCUAGUCAGGCUGCAACGAGGUCCACACUGAAUGAUCUGUUUGACACACUUAAGAAACUUGAGGAAGAGGAAAACUUUGUCACACCUAGAGCAGAGAAAAGGACAUCAUGGUUGACAGAAUUGGAAAAGAGGAAAGAAAAGGAAGACUGCAUUGAAUCUAAUCUGACUGCAGAGAACCUGGAGAAACUCAAUUCAAAAGAUGGCCUGAAACAAAGUGGCUUCCUUACUGAUGGAAAGCUGAAGAGCAUUAUGACAUUUUUGGAUGAAGUGCAAGUCAGUGAUCGUCUUAGUGAGAUUGACACAGAGAUCAACAAGAUGAAUGAGGAGCUGGAGAAACCAGCACUGUUGGUGCCGUCAGGGGAAGAGCUGGCCCAGCUGGAACAGGCACAAGCUGUGGCCAGUGAGGUGACUAGCACGGUCCUGUCACAGCGCCUUGAGCUGGAUGAGAAACGAAGGACUGUUACUAUGCUGCAGAAAGCUUUGAACCAGCAGAGGGAGCUGACAGUGCGGCAUGCAAGGGAGACUGAGAAGGAGAUGAAGAAGAGGCUGGACCUGCAGAAGGAAGAGUAUGAGGAAACUGUCAAGAGACACCUUGGCUUCAUUGAUCAGCUGAUCGAUGACAAGAAGACACUCAGUGAGAGAUGUGAACAAGUGGUGAAAGAACUGAAAGUCAUUGACAAGAAAUACCAGGAUAAGAUCAAGUCCAUUGUUGACAGCCAUGGCCACGAGCUGCAGAAGCUGAAGGACAUCCAUGCUGCAGCUGAGAAGCUGAGGAGAGAAAAGUGGAUUGAGGAGAAGACCAAGAAGAUCAAGGAGAUGACAGUUAAGGGCUUGGAGCCAGAGAUCCAACGUCUCAUCGCCAAACACAAAGCGGAAAUAAAGAAGAUAAAACAACUACAGGAGAGUGACAUACUUGAGACAGACGAGCGGGCUUCGCAUCGCUAUGUGAAGAUGAUUGAGGAAGUGCGCGAACAGCUGGAGCAGGAGAAGGAAGCAGCUUGCAACAGGGAGAGACAGAUGGCCAAGGAGAGGUAUGAGAAGCAGUUACAACAGGAGGAGGAGUCCUACCAGCAGCAGCGGCGACGUCUCCAUGCUGAGGUACAGGAAGAGAAGGAAAGGCUGUCCCAGCAGGCCGCCCGGCAACGCACUGAGCUGGACAAACUGCAGAGACAGCUGGAGGAUAGCCACUCGAUGGCACUUGAUGCCAUGAAGUCUGAUUUUGAGAAGGCUCGAGAAGAACAAGACAGGCGACAUGCUAUCGAGGUCCGUGAACUGAACGAACGUUUGCGUGUUGAGAAAGAAGCAUGGGAGGAGAACUACAUGAAGAAACAGGAGACAUGGCUAGCACAGAAGGAGCGAGAACUGAAGUCCCAUGUACGUCGAGACCGAGACAAGGAGAUAGAGAUGGUUAUACAGCGGCUGGAAGAGGACGCCACUCGGUCCAGGGAGGAAUGUGAGCGAGCUGCAGAAAACAGGAUCAAACGGAUGCGGGACAAGUUCAAUAAUGAAAUGAAGGAGCUGGAGAGUUCAGAGAGGCAUGCAGUACAGAAGUACAAUGAGAUGAAGGCUCAGCUGACAGAGAUUGAGGGUGAAUGUGAAAGGUUGAAGGUCAUUGUUAGACAGAAGGAUCAAGAAGUACUGGAUAUAAAGAAGCUGACAGACAGGCUUCAUGAGGAACGUAGCCAUGUGUCAGAUAUCAUUCGACAGGAGUUUGCAGACCGUAUUGUAACCACGGAGGAGGAAAACAAAAGAUUGAAAAAUGAAAUGUCAGAACUGAGAGCAAAACACAGAAUUGAAAUAGAGCGGGGAAAGAAUGACAUUGAAGAAAUCAAAAGGCAAAAGGAUGAUGAGAUGGAGGAGGUCCACAAGAGGGUGAAGCAGGCCAUUGUGAAGAAAGAGGAGGUGGUAAACCAACUGCGGCAGCAGUAUCAAGCUGCCACCAAGCGUGCUGACCACCUUGAGGGGCUCCUCAACCAACAGCGAAAACAGCUCCUGGGGAAGAAGGCUACAUAGUACCCUAAAGGGAUCAAUGUUGUCAUACACUGAUGGUCACAAUAUGGCUAGCUUUGAUUUUGCUCACUGAACUUAGAGAGCUUUCCAAUCUGAAUCAUAUUCCAUGGCAAGUGGUUUUAUCGAACAAUGAAGGAUAGGCUGACUAACUUUAUAGUAAGCAUUAUGUAGUUCAAACUUGACCAAUUGUGAUAAUUUUCAUAUUCCUAUAGACCAGAAAAUAUUUUCAGAUCAUCAGAAACAUCCUUGUACAAUGGCUGAUUUGAUAACAGUAUCAUGUCUAUUUUAACAGUUUGCUUAUUAACAAAACUUAAACUAUACUGCUAAAAUAUACUGCUAAAGUGGAACUUCAUUACUCUACAUAAUGGUACUCACAUUAAUGCUCAGAUUUGAUGCCAUUAAAUUAAGGUGAGCUUCAGUACCUCUGGUUCAUUGUGUUUAUCACUCACAUAUAUAUACAUCAAUAUACACUUUGUUGUUGUGCCAUUGAUGUGUUGUAGUAAGCGCCCACAAAGUCCUGAUAUAUAUUCUUUGUAAGUUUGUAAUAGCUUCAGACCAGGUAUGUAAAUAGUAUUUUAUGUUUCAAUGCUUUGUACUAUUACAUGAGUAUUUAUUUUACACAAAACGUGAAAUACAUCUUUGAUUCUUUGGCACAGCUGAUUUCAGUAAUACACCCCCACAAUAUCACUGCAGAAAUAUAUUUGAAAUAUUAUUUGACUGCUUGCAGACAUACACUUUGUAUCAAAAAGAAAAGAAAAAAAACAGCCGUCCACUCAUAUAUUUUCAUUGCCUAAGAAUCCAUUGUUUUGUACUGUUUCAAUGUAACAAGUUACCCUUUACGUUGAUUCAUUUCUCAGAUAUGUCUUGUUGAUGUUAUGGUACUUGUGAAGCUUUAGUUACAUAUCAGUUAUUUGUGAUUUUUUGUUAGUGCUGCUGUUGAAUGAGAUCAGGUGCUUGGUGUACAAACCGAGUUCUAUGUCAUGUUGAAUGACAACAGUGUUAUGUUGUACAAUCCUUGUGUUAUGUCUAGACCCAAUACUACCCUAAUUAUGACUCUAAACUUGUGUCCUGACUCCGGUGUUACGGUUCUGUUGUGUCAUGAUUGCUAGUGUUCUGGUAGGCUGCUGUGUCAUGAUGGGUGGUGUUGCAUAGCUCUGGUGAAGUCAUGCAAGUCAAUCAAGUGUUGAGUCAUAUUUCAUGACAUGUUGCGUGAUUCUAGUGUUGGUGUCAUGCAACAUCACUGUUGUUUCAUCAUACUAGUUUUAUAGUCAUGUGGCAUCAAUCUUCCAGUUUUCAGUCAUGCUGCAUCAAUCCAGUGUUCAGUCAUGCUGCAUCAAUUGUGUAUUGAGUAAUGCUGCAUCAAUCCAGUGUUGAGUCAUGCUUCAUCAGUCCAGUGUUGAGCUAUGCUGCAUCAAUCCAUUGUUGGGUCAUGCUGCAUCAAUCCAGUGUUGGGUCAUGCUGCAUCAAUCCAGUGUUCAGUCAUGCUGCAUCAAUCCAGUGUUCAGUCAUGCUGCAUCAAUCCAGCGUUGGGUCAUGCUGCAUCAAUCCAGCGUUAGGUCAUGCUGCAUCAAUCCAGCGUUGGAUCAUGCUGCAUCAAUCCAGUGUUGAGUCAUGCUGCAUCAAUCCAGUGUUGAGUCAUGCUGCAUCAAUCCAGUGUUGAGUCAUGCUGCAUCAAUCCAGUCCAGCUGCAUGUUGAGUCAUGCUGCAUCAAUCCAGUGUUGGGUCAUGCUGCAUCAAUCCAGUGUUGGGUCAUGCUGCAUCAAUCCAGUGUUGGGUCAUGCUGCAUCAAUCCAGUGUUGGGUCAUGCUGCAUCAAUCCAGUGUUGGGUCAUGCUGCAUCAAUCCAGCGUUGGGUCAUGCUGCAUCAAUCCAUUGUUGGGUCAUGCUGUAUCAAUCCAUUGUUGGGUCAUGCUGCAUCAAUCCAGUGUUAGGUCAUGCUGCAUCAAUCCAGUGUUGAGUCAUGCUGCAUCAAUCCAGUGUUGAGUCAUGCUGAAUUGAUGUGGUGUUGUCAUGCUGUAUCAGCCUAAGUGUUAAGUCAUAUUCAGUCUAGUGUUGAGUCCUGUUACAUCAGUCUAGUGUUAUGUGAUGCUGCCUGAGUCCAUUAUUGUCACAUUGUAUUGUCAUCUUGUAUCAUGGCAUAGCUGCAGUGUGCUGAAUGACUUGGAAUGGUGUCAUGCCAUGUCAGUAUGUCUAUGAUUGGUGAUUCUACGACAGUUGCUAUGUCAUUCUUCUGCAUGACGUAAGUGUUGUGUCAGGCGUAGUGUUAGGUUGUGAUGCAUCUUUGAUGCAUCAGGAUGGCCUGAAAGUCCAUGGAUCUGAAACUACUGUGAUAUUUUACAAUGACCUGCCAUUGUCACCACUGAUGUUUUCAUAUCAUUUAGUGUUUAGUUAUGUGCAUAUGUGGAUCAACAAUUAUUGACACAUUUUAUUUCAUAUCAUAUCCUGCCAGAUUUGAAGCAGAGGGCUCAGAUUAUAUAUCUGAGGAUAUUUUUUUCCACACAUUUGUAAUGAAAUACGGAUAUUAUCACAGUGUACUGGUUGAGAAUGGAGGAGUGCACAGAGGAUUCAUUGGUAUUCUUAUGACUCAUUUUAACCUAUAAUACCUGCACUCAACUUUUUCAGCAGUUUGCAUUUAUUAGUCCCUGAAAACAUGAAAAGCAACUGGUCAUUUUAUGAUUGAUAAAUUAUAUGUGUAUUGAUUAUUUCAUUAAAACAAAUGGGAUUGACAUACACAGUUAUCAUAUGACAAUGAUUUUGAAGGCAAUGAUGUUAUGCUGUAAAGGAAUUGGAACUUGAUCAACUGGAUUUAAUGUAUUGAUUUCCCUUAUUUAUUAAGCAUACAAAACAGAUGCUAAAAUAGCAACACUCCGUUACUCAUUGAUACUUUUCUCUGAUCUGAGCACAGUGCAUUUUCUAUUCAUGUUUGUAGAUUAUGUAGAAUGUGAAUGACACUGUUCGCUAUUGGUGCACUUAUUUUAAGUUAAUGUUGAUUUAUGAAAGUUUACAUAUGCUGGAGAAAGUGACUUCACAAUGCCCUCAUGUCUUGAUAAAAAUAAGAUAGAUCUAAGUUGCAUGUACAUGACACUUUUUUGUUAGAUGACAAGUAUUCUGAACAUUUUCAGCAGUACACAUUGUACAUGACUCUUUGAUCUAACUGCCAGCAUAUUUAUUGCUAAAUGACAAAUAGCUCAUGACAGUAUAAUGGCUGUUUGAGGUCUAUCUGGCAGGUCAACCCUUGCACUUGUAAGUUGUACUGCAUUGUGGUCAGGGAUCAUUAGGUAGUGUUUUCAUUAAGAAUGUAUCAGUUUUAUUGCUGUUCACAACCCAGACUGACCCAUCCUCACCUGUUAUGAUCAGUCUUUACAAUGUCGGUUUCCUUACCUACCUGUGCCUCUGAUUAUUCAGAUCUGUCAUCUCUCUGUUAAAGAAGUACCUGUCCUGCUGCAGCCUUGGUUACAUACUAUCUCUAUUGAUUGUCAUAGGUGUUCAUAUCCUUAAGUCACAAUACAGUAGAAGGAGCAGGUGCCGAGAUAUUAAUUUGAAUGUGCAUUGGUUGUCGUAAAAGUUUUUGCUUCUAUGCCAGUGUGUAAAAUAGUUACUAACCUUGACCUUGGGGCUCAAGUUAGAUAAUACUUGAGCAUGUGGAUUGUUCACUGCAAGGUCAAGGAUAUUAACCAUUCCUUACAAUUGUGUUGAUGUACCAAUUGCCGGUGUUAUAGACGUUUUCUUUAUAUUAAUUUAUGGGGUAUACCAGUGAAUGGAAUAUUGACUACUGUAAGCUAUAAUGAAAUACCAAACUCGCAGAACAGAUAUAUUUUCCUUGAUGGUUUGUCAAUUUUCUAUGAAGAAUCACUUCUGUGUUGACAUCACCUGUCAUGUCAGUAUUGCAUGAAGGUCAACUGCUAAUUAUCAACUUAACCCCAGGAUGCGGAAGACACAUGUUCCUGUGGGUGCAUACAUAGGACCAUGCUUUUCCAUCUUUGCUGGCUAUCUGAGCUGUGUAUGUCAUGUUCCUAUACAGUCAUUUGUAUUUGUGUUUCCAUGUUUCACAUGGUUGGAGCAUUUGUAACUAUUUAAUUAAAGUUUCUAAAAUAGAAAUUAAAAGCUUUAAAGUGAAAA